AUGACCACCCACUGUCCUCCCCAACUUCGGGUACAGAUUCCUCUUGUUUCUCAUGUGGAUGGCAUUCCUGGGAACGCGGUUCUGUGCUCAGUCUUUGCCGGAUCCAGCCCAGAACAAUACAUUGCCCAUUUCCCUAUGCCCCCGGGCCAGUGCCCUCGGCUGCCUUUGUCUCUUCCUCUGUUUAUGCUUAAAGCAGGGCAGGCCUUCCAACAACGCUGGAGCCUGGGCUGGGAAAAAACCUUUAGGGGCCUAGCUCUGCGCUUGGACAUCCCCACUCUGCCACCGCCUCCACGCGCCAGCCUGGAGCUUUGCCUGUUCGCCUUCUCCAGUCCGCAGCUGGGCCGCGCUGUGCAGUUGCUGCACCAGCGCGGGGUGCGAGUGCGGGUCGUCACCGACUGCGACUACAUGGCCCUCAAUGGCUCGCAAAUCGGCCUGCUGCGCAAGGCAGGGAUCCAGGUCCGGCACGAUCAGGACCUGGGCUACAUGCAUCACAAGUUUGCCAUCGUGGACAAGCGGGUGCUUAUCACUGGCUCGCUCAACUGGACCACGCAAGCCAUCCAGAACAACAGGGAGAACGUUCUCAUCAUGGAGGACGACGAGUACGUGCGGCUUUUUCUGGAAGAAUUUGAGCGCAUCUGGGAAGAGUUUAACCCUACAAAGUACACCUUUUUCCCGCAAAAAAAGAAAAGUCACUGAAGCUGUGCCCCGCCUGUCUCCAGAGCUGGAGGGAAAUCGCUUUCAUGGCACAGAACUUGCCGCACCUCCAGGCGAAACCAAACCUAACCAAGAAUGGGGCUGAGCCCUCCCUGCGGGCUGCUGUGCCUUCUGAGGGAGGGAGGCCUCGCGUUACACCAGAUUCUCAUCUAUCAGAAUACUAAGUUGAACGAAAGAAGGUCAGGAAGGGGAAAUUUCUGUUACUUCAGGUCAGUUACUUUGGGCCAGACCUUUUCUUUGGCCCUUUGCCAAAAUAACUUCAGUCACGA